UGCACAUGCGCAUGUGUGUACUUGGUAAAGGCGGAAGAUUGAAACGCCGCCUUACAUCCAUGUUUACAUCUCAUGGGACAGCAAUGACUUCUCAUCUGGGGGUUUAAGGUCCUAUUUGACAAAAGGGGUGGUCGAAAUGAAUCAUAAUGAAAGUGCAGAAGAAGAUGAGGCAAAUGAAAGUUUCUGGUCACCAGAGGUGAGUUCGUCUGGCAUGGACCGCAACCCAUCACCUCCACCCGCAGAUGGAGAGAAGACUGAGGAAGCGGGAGAUGCCAUAGGAGAAACCGUCUACAGCAAGCACUGGCUCUUUAGUACUCUAACCCGACUAGUCCAGAUGGUGACAAAACAUGAAUCUGAAGAAUCUGACACUCCAAUGCAACUUGCUGAUGAUGAAGAGGAAGAUCUGUGUAGAGUCUGGGAUAUGGCAAUGGACAAGGAUGUAGCUGGUUUCCUGCAGGAGUUCAAAGCCGCUGAUAUCCUUCUUGGGGUGAUUGCCAAAUCCCAAUGUCCUCGCCUAACAGAGAUUUGUGUAGGAAUCCUUGGCAACAUCGCAUGUUUCCCUGAUUCAUGUCUAGCCCUGAGCCAGAAUGAAGACUUGGGGAUAGUACUGUUGCUUCUGCUUGGAGACUCCGACCCUCCCACUCUGUUAGAGACCAGCAGAAUGCUGCUGACAUGUGUGUCCCAGAGAGAUGCUUGUGGGCUGUGGAUAGAGCGGAUAAGACAGCAGAGCGCUGUAUGCACCAGCCUUUGUUUCAUCAUGUGCAGCUCGACCAACUUGGAUCUGCUCGUGAAGGUGGGAGAGUUGGUUGACAAGCUAUUUGACCUUGAUGAGGAGCUGAUGAAGAGCUGGAUUAUAACACAGUUGAGAGAGGCAGAUGACAGUGAAAGCCAUCUGGAUGUGGCGGCAUCUUUACUUGAGGCUGCAAAGCAGCUCAGGAGUGAAAGCCCGGGGGGAUUAGAAGUGUACCUGCAUGUGCUAGAACUCCUGACGACCACAGACGAAGGCAUGCAGAUGUUUGCGGCUCGAGGCGGGCCAGGCAAGGCGGUGUGGGACUUUCUGUGUGUGUUGGUCUGUGAGGACCUCUGCCAGCCUGACGAUCCACCGCUGGUGCUACAGGAGCAGAAGGUGCUUCUAGUCCAGGCGCUGGCAGUGCUGUCGGCCCUCUACAGGCUCCAGCCCCAGUGGAACAGCCCGGUGGGUUCAUGCCUGCCUCUGGUUGGCAGUAUUCUGCGGGUGCUGCUGUAUCACAGUGAGAUUGUGGAGAACGAGAUACUACAAGAGAUUCAUACCCAGAGCAACGCUGGCAAAGACGUCAAACCAAAAGACGACCAGCUCCAGGCCCUGCUGGAGACAACAGCAGAGUUUCUGGCUGAAAUCCUCCACACUCUCCUCAAGGAGGACGUGGCUGAGCUGGUGCAGAGACAGUACCUGACACCGAAGAUGAUUCAGGCAGCAGUAAGCGGCCUGCUCCCUCAGUUCAAGCCGGCAUUGGAGCAGCUGGCUUCCUUGUUGACAGAAGCUUAUCCCCAGCUGGCCGAGGUGACGAGGAAGCGAUUGUGUGCCGGAGGCCCCGGGGAGCCAGAACACGCCCUUCAGGAGCUACAGGAGCCUGCUGAGAAACAGCCUUAGGUUGGAGCUCAUGGUCACGGAUCAAAGUGAUAUCACGUUCUGCUUUGGAUUCAUCAUAGGAGAUUUACCAGAAGGAACACUGAGAUAGUGUCGGUGUCAGUGUGUAUAUUUGAGACUUGUUUUGUUCAUUAAAUGUACAAUUUACAACAAGUUGAAUGUUUUAUUACCAUUUUAUUGUGUUAUUAUAUUGGAAUAUUUCCACUUAAUAUGGCUUUAAGAUUCGGCAGUAGAAUCCCUCCAUAGGUGACGGAUUGGAUCAUCUGGGAACUAUUGACCGGAGCAAAUAUGCUUUAAUGAUCAAGUAAUGCAAGAUUAAUACAUGAGCCGCGAUGAAUUAAACCUGCCCCAUUUUUAAAUGGACCAGAGUAAAAAUUAUUUGUGUCUUAUUUUACUUCGAUAUAAAUAGAAGACUCCCAUCAACAGUUCAGCCAUUUAUAUCAAGGUUAUCGUAAAAUACCUUUUUAGUCAUGUGGUCUUUCCCUCAGGCACUCUCACCAACUCAGGAUUUACAUUAGAAAGCUGUUCUCCAUAUCAAUCCAACCUUUAAUUAAAAAGCUGCUAUAUUCGCCCAGCUCUAGUGAACACUAGAAAUCAUGCGCAGGUCCUCUUGAGUGGGCGAAAUUGUGUAUUUGGAAACCAAAUGAGUUCAUUGUGUCCUGGCUCAGGCCUUUCAUCUCCUGUCGCCCCCCCCCCCGCCCUGCAGUGACUGUCACCCCCUUGUAAACACUUAAUGUUGUCGUCAGCGUGUCCCUUACUCAUAUGUUCGGAAAGGAUGAUGCAGACCACUACAUGCAACUUUAUGUCGAGCACCAACUUGCAUGACGUGUUCUGGAAAAUAAAAGAUAAUGGAAUAGCGCUGAUCGUAUUUUGCAGGUAAAGAUAUUGGUCCUCUUUAAAUAAAAUAA